AUGGCGGCCGGCAGCGCUCGCUAUGUGCGCUACAUCCUAAUUGCCUUUUUCGUAUUGGCAGUUUUCUACUUUAUAUCGGAUUCUAGCAAUGCGAUUUCCCAAAAUAUUCCUAUCCCCCAUGGCAACAAGGGCACCGAUGACCACGCCCACAAGGAUGCCGUUUUAAACAACCAGCCCAACAGCCAUGAUGCUGCUGGUGAUACCCACAACACCAAGAACAAGCCCGCGAUCCCCAAGGUUGGCGCUAACAUCGAUCCCGCCGAGUACCCGCUGGCCAUGACCCCAAAUGACCCCGGAUUCCACGAUCUGUCCGGCAUCAAGGGAGGACCCCGCGUUAACGCAACCUUCGUUACCCUGGCACGCAACUCUGACGUCUGGGAGAUCGCCAAGUCCAUUCGUCAAGUUGAGGACCGUUUCAACCGGAGAUACAACUACGACUGGGUGUUUCUGAAUGACCAGCCCUUCGACGACACUUUCAAGAAGGUCACAACAUCCCUUUGCUCGGGCAAGACGCACUAUGGUCUCAUUGGCGAGGAACACUGGGGUUUCCCUGAUUUCAUCGACCAGGAGAAGGCCAAGAAGGUUCGCGAGGAUAUGAAAGAGCGCAAGAUCAUUUACGGCGACAGCGUCAGCUACCGCCACAUGUGCCGCUUCGAGUCUGGCUUCUUCUUCCGUCAGCCCCUGAUGAUGAACUACGAAUACUACUGGCGUGUCGAGCCCUCGGUCGAGCUGUUCUGCGACAUCCACUACGAUCCCUUCCGCUUCAUGCACGAGAAUGGAAAGAAGUACAGUUUCGUGCUCAGCUUGUACGAGUACAUUGAGACCAUCCCCACCCUGUGGGACAGUGUCACCAAGUUUAUGAAGAAUCACCCCGAGCACAUUGCUGAGGACAACUCCAUGGGUUUCCUGAGUGAUGACGGUGGCAAGACGUACAACAAGUGCCACUUCUGGUCCAACUUUGAGAUUGGUAGCUUGAGCUGGCUCCGCUCCAAGGCCUACAUUGACUACUUUGAGUCACUCGACAGGGAUGGCGGUUUCUUCUACGAGCGCUGGGGUGAUGCCCCUGUGCACUCGAUUGCUGCGGCCCUCAUGCUUCCCAAGGACCAGAUUCACUUCUUCAACGACAUUGCCUACUACCACGUGCCCUUCACCCACUGCCCAACGGGUGAGAAGCUCCGCACGGACCUCAAGUGCCACUGCGACCCCAAGAACAACUUUGACUGGAAAGGGUAUUCUUGCACAUCAAGAUACUUUGAGGUCAACGGUCUAGAGAAGCCCGAGGGCUGGCAAGACCAGACUGACUAA